UCAGAUGAUUUGUUGACUUGUUGUUAUUCUGUCAAGCAGUGUUCUGUUUAAAAAAAGUCAUAAAAAUGAUUCACUUCGAUAAAACGUAAAGUUUAAUCCAUUAAAAAUAUGAGUUGGAACGUGCAGCCCGUUCUGGAGGACGCCAUGGCUGCUGCCGGUCGGGCGGUGACCUUUGACACGGCCGGACAGGUUGGCCCUGCUUGUUACUUUUAUCGAGAAGCAGCGAGACUUCUGCUCUUAGUCGCUUCCACUGGCGACCAGCAACAAACCUGGCUGGACAAAGCACGCGACUACGAGGCCAGAGCCGAUGCUCUCGAUCAAAUGGCGGCUCCAAAGAGUCCAGACAAGCAGCCGCCACAAACAGAGGACCAGAAGAGUAUGUCCAGGGUCAAGUUCUUUUUCCACCAAGCGUUGGACGCUGACGAGGCUGGGGACAAAGCAGAGGCUUUGGAAAUGUACACUAAAGCAGUAGAACUAAGCUUGGAAGCCAAAAAAGUCACUCCAGACUUGGAUCUGCAGCGAAAAUUGACUAAAUUGGCUACUCAGGCGCUUGAAAGGGCUGAGGCCAUCAAAGGAAUAACACCGACCAGGACGGAAAACGUCAGGUCUGUUGGUUUAGGAACUGUCCCUGAAGAUUCCUCCUCACCGACUGAAGAUGUGCCUAAUUUAGUCCAGCCCGUCCGUCCAGCCCUGCACAGAGGAGACAGUGCCCAUUUAGUAGUCACCGGACAGAGUUCAUACACUCGAGAGGAGAAAAUGGUGUUGGAGAGGACGUCUCGAAUCAACAACAAUGAAUUUGUGCCAUUCAUGGUCGUCGAUCUGAGGGAGCAGUUCAGACUUACCAUGCCUUACACCGACAAGUCAGGACUUUUGGCUCUUUCACCGAAGCAGAUUAAAAAUUUUGCCAGGUGGGCUCGACCGGAUGAAAUUAGUCCUGCGCCAGUUAUGGUUGGUCAGAAUGGGGUAGAUUGCUGGAGCAUCAAACAGACUGUGGUCUCUGACUGCUCAUUUGUGGCUUCGCUGGCCAUUGGAGCUCUUUACGAAAGACGGUUUAAGAAGAAAUUAAUCACUUCCAUCAUUUAUCCGUGCAACUCAAAACACGAGCCUGUGUACAACCCUUUCGGCAAGUACAUGGUUAAGCUGCACAUAAAUGGGGUGGCUCGGAAAGUGGUAGUGGACGACCUGUUGCCUGUCGGCAAGUAUGGUGAGCUGUUGUGCUCCUUCUCCACCAACAAAAACGAACUCUGGAUCUCGUUGCUGGAAAAGGCCUACAUGAAGGUCAUGGGCGGCUACGACUUUCCGGGGUCAAAUAGCAAUAUUGACUUGCACGCCCUGACCGGCUGGGUGCCUGAGCGAAUGCCGAUGCACCCUGAAGAUGGAGUUUUUAACAAGGAGGCCUUUUUUACCACCCUGAUCGAAAGGCUGCACAGGGGUGACGUUUUGGCCACCGUAGCAACUGGGCAGCUCAGCCAGACUGAGGCUGACAGGGCGGGACUCGUGCCCACCCAUGCGUAUGCCGUCCUUGAUGUUCAAGAAGUCAAAGGUGUGCGUUUGCUGAAGCUAAAGAACCCAUGGUCCCACUUGAGGUGGCGAGGAAAUUAUUCAGAGUUGGACACUCGCCACUGGACGCCCGAAAUGCGGGCGGCCCUCAAGUUCGACCCCGACAGCGCAGCCUCCUUUGACAACGGCGUCUUCUGGAUUGACUACGACAGCAUUAUCAAGUUCUUUGACGUUUUUUACCUCAACUGGAAUCCUGCCCUAUUCAAAUACACCUUCUGCAUCCAUCAAUCGUGGCAAGCUGGUCUUGGCCCCAUGAAGGACGCGUUCAAUGUGAGCGAAAACCCGCAAUUUUUCCUGGACGUUCCAGCAACAACGAACAAAACGAACGUGUGGGUGCUGCUGACCCGGCACAUUACGCAGAUUGACGAUUUCCGCGAGAAUAAAGAGUACAUAACCCUUGUCGUCUACAAGAACAAUGGCAAACGCGUCUACUACCCUUAUGAGCCGCGGCCGUUUAUCGACGGCGUCCGAAUCAACAGUCCACACUACCUGACCAAAAUCCCUGUGAACGCAGGUGUGAACGAAAAGUUCACCUUGGUGGUGUCCCAGUACGAAAAGACAACGACCAUUUACUACACCCUCAGGGCCUAUUCGACGGUGCCUUUCACCCUGAAGAAACUCGGAUCCUCCUUCGACCACAAAAAGGAGGUGAGUGGGGAGUGGAAAGCAGGGACCGCGGGCGGCUGCAGAAACCACAAGGCCACCUUCCUGACCAACCCUCGCUACCAAAUCACCCUUUCGUCCACAAGUGGUCUGCUGAUCAACCUCAAGGGUCCCAAGCAGUACCCGAUUGGCUUUGAGGUUUUGUGCGUUGUCGCUUCGGAUCCGAACGCUCCCGGCGCCUUUGCCUCCAAGAGUUCUGGCGACUUCCGAUCGGGGUUUGUGGUGCUCGAGUUGGAGGCGGUGCCUGCAGGGACGUACGACAUCAUUGUGAGCACUUUUGUACCUAACCAGUUUGGACCCUUCAUCCUAACAGUGAAAGCCAACAACCAAUUCACCAUGUCCUCGCUCUGAGUUUUUUUAAUUAGAAUGAAUUUUAUUUAUUGUUUUCAAGUCAAAUAAAUUUAUCAAGUCAUUUUUAA